UUUUGCUGUGGUAUAUUUUGUCAUUAUGAGAUGUCGUCUACCAGUGCUUCAUUUGUGCAAAUUAAAUUUGAUGACUUGCAGUUUUUUGAGAACUGCGGUGGAGGGAGUUUUGGGAGUGUCUACCGAGCCCGAUGGAUUUCUCAGGACAAGGAGGUGGCAGUAAAGAAGCUGCUCAAAAUAGAAAAAGAGGCAGAAAUACUCAGUGUGCUCAGUCACAAAAACAUCAUUCAGUUCUAUGGAGCUGUCAUUGAGCCUCCAAAUUAUGGAAUAGUUACAGAGUAUGCUUCUGCUGGCUCACUAUUUGAUUACAUUAAUAGUAACAAAAGUGAAGAGAUGGAUAUGGAUCAUAUCAUGACCUGGGCCACUGACAUAGCUAAAGGAAUGCACUAUUUACACAUGGAAGCUCCAGUCAAAGUUAUCCACAGGGACCUGAAGUCCAGGAAUGUUGUUAUAGCUGCUGAUGGUGUGUUAAAGAUCUGUGAUUUUGGUGCCUCAAGAUUCCACUCCCAUACGACACACAUGUCAUUAGUGGGCACUUUCCCAUGGAUGGCCCCAGAAGUUAUUCAGAGUCUUCCAGUGUCUGAAACAUGUGACACGUACUCGUACGGAGUGGUUCUCUGGGAGAUGCUAACAAGGGAGGUCCCCUUUAAAGGCUUGGAAGGAUUACAAGUAGCUUGGCUUGUAGUGGAAAAAAACGAGAGAUUAACCAUUCCGAGCAGUUGUCCCAGAAGUUUUGCAGAACUGAUGCACCAAUGUUGGGAUGCUGAUUCAAAGAAAAGACCAUCUUUCAAGCAGAUUAUUUCAAUCCUGGAAUCUAUGUCAAAUGACAGCAACCUUCCAGACCAGUGUAACUCAUUCCUGCAUAACAAGGCGGAGUGGAGAUGUGAAAUUGAGGCAACCUUAGAGAGACUAAAGAAACUGGAGCGUGAUCUGAGCUUUAAAGAGCAGGAACUAAAGGAACGGGAGAGACGUUUGAAGAUGUGGGAGCAGAAGUUAACUGAACAAUCAAAUACUCCUUUUUUCUUACCUCUUGCUGCAAGAAUGUCUCAGGAGUCUUACUUUGAAUCUAAAACAGAGGAGUCAAACAGUGCAGAGAUGUCAUGUCAGAUCACAGCAACAAGUAACGGGGAGGUAGCUGGCAUGAACCAAAGUCUGAAGGCCUUGAUGAUGACGGGCUUUGGGGAUAUCUUCUCUCUGAACCAAGCAGGAUCUGUCCUGCAUUCUGGAAUGCAGAUAAACAUGCAAGCCAAAAAGAAUUCUUCUAAAACCACCUCUAUGAGAAAAGGGAAGAAAAUCAACAUGGCUUUGGGUUUCAGUGAAUUCGACUGGUCAGAUGACGAUGAUGAUGAUGAUGAUUUUGAUGACACAGAUGAUAGCAGCGAAUGAAAUAAGUUGUAGAAUUAACCCUGAAAUCGUUUUAGCAAAGCAAAACAAUAAAGUUUUAGAACAAGAAUCCUGUCAGUUUGGUCUGUUUAAAUCCUGUAAAAGAACAAAAAACAAACAACAAUGCUAUUUACCAGGAUGAGCAUAUUUGUAUGUAGAAAGAUAUGUUUUUGUUUUGAUUGUGCCGACUUACUUCUACUUUGAUGAAAUUUGGAACUAAACUUUCCCAGCUAAUUGAGAUUAUUAAUUACUAUUUUAUGAUUCUAUCUAUAAUUCCUAGUGCCUGAUUACAGAAACUAUGGCUUGAUAAAUUUAAGAUCUGGAAACACUGGGAGAAACUUCAAUGCCAUUAAUGUACUUCAAAUUUUUCUUUUGUGUCUUUUGUCAUUUCCCUUACCCCCUUAAUUGUAAGUCACAUGAAUAUGCUUGUACUUCCAAAUUUGCUAUUCUCUACAUCCAUUCUUUCUUACUGUUGUAGUGAAGAGGUUUGCUGUGUUUCUAAUUUACAGCCUUUUUCAAGGCAACAUUGUGGGAAGUCAUGUAUAGGUUUCCAGGAAGAGAGAAGUUGGGGAUGGGGGGGAAGGGAGGGGUUGGUUAAAGAUAUAAUUUAAAAACUGAAUAGCAGCAGAACCCAGAUAAUCCCUAUUAGUAGAUGAUUUGUAUAAAUGUUCUUUUUUUCCUCCCUCACGUGUAUGUGCAUGUGUAUAUAAUUGACUCUCCCAAAGUAAACUGCAAUCAGACCUCUGCAUCUAUUAUCAGAUAUUGUGAUCUAGAAGCUAAUUUUCAGUUAUGUUGAUGUGAAUCCAUGAAGCCUCAUUAACUUUGAUGGACUUAUUCUUGUACCUGAGAGCAAAAAUCGGUGUUUGUAAAUUUUGAUUGUUGUAUGUGCUAAACAGCGUGUGCCAUCCUUAGGAAAGGACAAAGAGAAGCUACUGUGACAUUUCAGCUUGGGCCCUACUCCUGUGGCUUGUGGAAAUUCUACAUAGUAAAAUCUGGCGGUAAUGUCAGGAAUAUUUACUAGUCUCUGCAUAACUAUUUUUUGCAGCUACAGUACUUUUAAAGUAUUGUCACUGCUGUUACAGCUUACCAUAAAAUUCAGUGUGUAACAAUCUGGUGCAAUAAUUACCUGCCAGGCACUUACAUUGAGAGCAGUGAGGAUGUUUCUCCUGAUGACCCCUUUAGUGGUGAUGCAGAAGGAGGGAGGGAAACCAGUGCGAACACAGAUGCAGGUUAGAAAGGAAAAUGUUGUAAAAUAUUUGCCAAGGAAGAAGGGCAGCAUUUCAAAAGAAAAAUGUUACUGUGUAGUUCAGCAGUAGUGGGAAUAAGCCAUCAAAAUUCCAUUCUCAAUUACUGGAAGGAUUUCUUUUAUAAAACUUCUGUUUUUGAGUGGCUUCUUUAAUUAUAGACUUGCCUGUUACAUAGCUCUAACCUACAUAUUAUGGUGUUGUGUGGAUAGCUUAGAGAAAAAUGGAUACAUUAGAUAACAGCAGGCCUGAAAUCAUUACCUGUUCACUCAACAAAACAAAGUGGGCCCCUCUUUGGGUUGUGAGAAAGAAUUGUUUUAUCUUUAAGUGUCUGCACUGAUCUGGUCACCUGCAAGGCACAAGUGCUGCACUUCAAGCUGGCCUACUCCAUUCUGUUUGCACAGGAUUAGACCCACCUGAGAUGUGUGGUUCCUGCAGGAUGUCAUUUAACCUUCUUCCAAACACUCCCAGAUCUCUUGACUUGAACCUAACCCUCUUGUAUCUGGAAGCUUUUCUCAUUAUGAAAUUAUCAUUUAAGUGAUGCAGUAGAUGUCCAAAGUAUCCCAAGGAGAAACUUCUUUGGCUCAGGUGGAGAAGGCUUCUUAGGUCCAUCAAAGCAACCCUAUUUUAGGGAGAAAAAGAGACUUGGAAGGGUAAAUAAUGAAAUGGAAAUAAGAUCAAAUAGUCUUUUCCAGUGUAGAUUUGUACUAUUUUUGUAAGUCUAUGUCUGCUAACACCUACAGCAAUGAUACUAUUUUUGUAAUGCCACUUUGCACUCAGCAAAAUUUGAUGGAUUUGUGUAAUGUAAUGUGUGCACUUUAGGUCUUAAGAUAUGUAUCAUUGUGCAUAGAUUACUGUACCACAUAAACAGUGUAGGGUUGUACAACUGAAAGCAAAAUUUGGUUCAGUACAUUUUGAAUUCAAAAACUCUGAAAAAUCUGUUCCUAUCAUUGAUAUUUUGCACUUUUUUGGUGUUUGACAAUCUUGGAGCACUUCAUGCACAUUUCUGUUUGUGUGGAUUUUAACUGAAUUUGUAAAUUCACUCCUUAAUCUUUACAGAAAUAAAAAUAGUUUUAAGUAGUAUGACACAGAUUUUUGUAGUUACAACAUCACAAGGUUUAAGUCUGUCUUCAAGGUUUUGUGCUUACCCAGGGAUGUGACUUAUAUCAGCAAAUACCAUCAGAAUGUGGUAACGUGCUUGUAGGAAUUUCUAUUAUCUACUUAUUUCAGUACUUUUUAAUGAAGCAAGAUGGAUUUUUUUUUCCCCUUCGGCUUUUUUCCCCGUGUUGUUUCUCAAAGCAAAUUAAACUGUAUUAAGGGAAAAGUUAAGCUCUUUUAAAACUUCCCGUGCAUUUAAAGUAGCAAAGGUGACCUCUGAAUUGUAGAUAAGGUGAUAAUGUGACAAGCUCUUCUGAUGCAGUUGAGAUAGUGUUACACUUAGGAUAUUGGCUAUGCUUACUAAAAAAACAGUGGUAUUAUUUGCAUUUUUACUCACCUGUGAUAGUUUCACACCAGGUGUCUCCAGUUUACAAGCCACUUAUCAUAUGUAAGAAUCAAUGUGCUGUUUCUGCCUCUGAAAUAAUACUCAAUAGAUUAAGGUGUAGAAAAUGGUGGGGCAUUGGAGGAGGUCAGACUAUUUAAUCUUCCACACCUGAUUUUGUUCUGCAGUGUAUCCCAGUCCAUCUUCUGCCUGUCUCAUCCCCAGGUUAUACAAAUCUCCACACCAGUCCACAGCCACGUAGUGUGUCAGCUUAUGAAAGCAUUAACCAAACCCAGAAGGCAUUUCUGUUGCUGCUCUGGGCCAAAGCCAGAACAAACCACUAAAAGCCUUCCUGUGCCUUGUACACCUCUCAGCUCAUUAGACCCUGCCAGGCCUUUUGGGUUCCCAGUUUCCCCUGUCUUCCAUAAAGCCUGAAGGUAUUUCUAGUAAAAUUAUAUCGCUGCAUUUGAUGGAGAGGAAAGGUAAGAACCAGGCCUGAACUUGGCGUUUUUACCAGGCUGCUGUAUUAAAACAUUAACUUAAGUGGGUAAGUGGCCUCAGAGAAGAAUGAGGAGGAUCGAUUUUUGGCUUGCUUAAUGGUCAGCUGGGACCAAGACAGGUCUUUCUUUUCCUUCAGCAGUGGUGAAAAAAAAAUGGAAAUGAGACUUAAUGAAGGAAAACUUUUGAUCUAGUCAUUUUUGUGACGAUGACAUCACUAAUUUCUUGGAGUAGCAAGUGCCUUAAGGUAUGGUGUGCUCCCUGACAGGGAGCUUGUCCCCUCUGGAUGGGAAGGGCUUUCUGGAGGUGAGGUCUGGCACGGCCUCUUGUCAUAGUCAUGUUCAUGGCUCGUCAUUUGCUUAUCAUUCCAGAGGUUUUCUUAGAUGUUGAUUCCCUUUCCUUCUGGGUUUUAAAGUGUUUGUUCUGAGUUAAGUAUCUGAUGCAGUAAUGAUGGGUGUGGCUCUCAGCAGUAGCAAUAGAUCUGUAGUGUGCAUAUAGCUGUUAAGUACUGAGCACUGUGCGUCUUUAGUGCUGUACUUCCUUUAUCUGUAAUCAGGCAGCUUUUACAGGUUUUUAAUAAGACCUCUUGACUUGACAGAGGUUUUAACUACAGUCCUAGGUAGAAUGUUCAUGUAGAAAAAGUAAAUUCAUUUAGUAAUUUUCACAGCCCUUAAAAUGCACUGGUAGGAAUCUGGAGGAGAGACCUUUCCCCUUUCCCCCAGGCUUCAACUUAGUGUACACUGUAAAAUCUGCACAGAGAUUUCUGAUGUGUGAAGAUUUAAUUUUAAAACUGUAGAACCAACAACUUUCUUUUAACAUUUUAUAUUGUGUGCUAAAUACUCAUAUGCCUUUUAAAGUCAGUUAUAGUCCACUGCAUUUCUUGCUUUUGCACUACUGAAGAAGUUUUGUACUGAAUAGUAUGAGUCUAUGCUAUUUACACUUCAGGUUUGAACUGAUGGAAUUCGAACAGAAAAUAUUUUCACAGUGUUAGAAAACUUCAUUUUCCCUUCUGAAAAAGCAAAGCUGAGUGCAAUGCCUAUGCCAAGACUCUUGUGCUGUAAACUGAAUAUAUCAUUUGUGUGGAACAUGCAAUGUUACACUUCUGUGUGGUAAAAUCUUGCAGUGUCAGUUAUCCUCUUUAUUGCACUUGACAUACCAUGUCUUGUUUUAUUCCCACUGUGGAUUCGAUUUUCCAGUGUAAAACCAAAGCAAACAAACAAAAAGCAAUCAUACAAUGUAUUCAAUUUCCUUGAUUGGUGUCAUAAACUUUCUUUUGGUGUGAACUUUUCCCUUGCUUCUCUUUUGUUCCAAACUUCUAUUUUGCAAUAAACAUUUUGACAGUAAAUUUUA